AUGACGGGAGGCCCAGUUGCCUCGUGGAGAACUGCAGCUCAGGGUCACUUGAGUCCCGACGAGAACGGAGACCUCAAAACAGACUAUUCAAGAUGGAGAUUGUUAGAUGAUCGGGGCCGUCAGACCUGGCAUUAUUUGGAAUCCGAUGAAGAAAACGAGAAAUGGCCUCAAUCUGUCGCUGACAAGCAUUUUCUGGGGCUCCCUACGGGACUUCCAGAGCUGCCGAAAGCAAAAACUCCACUGCAAUGUGCCGAGAAUGGCUUGGAAUUUUUCUCCAAAUUGCAACUUCCUCCAGGCAAUUGGGCCUGUGAGUACGGAGGCCCAAUGUUCUUGCUCCCUGGCCUCAUAAUCACGUACUACGUGACCAACACUCCGAUCCCGCCGGAGUAUGCGACUGAGAUCAAAAGGUAUCUCUUUGCUCGUCAGCACCCGGAGGACGGCGGCUGGGGCUUGCACAUUGAGGCACAUAGCUCUGUCUUUGGAACUUGCAUGAACUACGUGGCGUUGCGCUUGAUCGGUGUCAGCGAAGACGACCCUCGUAUGAUCAAAGCCCGUGGGCUCUUACAUAAGUUCGGCGGUGCCGUAUAUGGCCCUCACUGGGCGAAAUUUUGGCUCAGUGUCCUCGGUGUCAUGGAAUGGGAGUGCGUCAAUCCUGUCCCGCCUGAGCUUUGGCUGCUUCCGGAUUGGGUUCCCUUUGCACCUUGGCGGUGGUGGAUCCAUAUACGUCAAGUGUUCUUGCCCAUGUCGUACCUAUGGUCCAAGAAAUUCACCCAUCCUCUGGACCCGCUCACGAAACAGUUGCGUCAGGAGCUGUACACUCAGCCUUACGACUCUAUCAACUUUGCAAGUCACCGGAACUCGAUCCAUGAAGCCGAUAAUUACUAUCCCAAGACUUGGCUUUUAAACCUGAUCAACCAACUUCUUGUCUCUGUGUGGAAUCCCUAUCUCCGAAUUUCUGCGUUGGUAAAACGCGCAGAGGACUGGACCUGGGAGUUGAUUAGAAUGGAAGACGAGAAUACGGACUAUGCAGGCUUGGGCCCUGUGAGCAGCCCGAUGAACAUGGUAGCUUGCUAUCUCCAUGAUGGGCCAGACAGCUAUUCAGUUCGUCGCCAUCGUGAGCGUCUGAAUGAUUACAUGUGGAUGAAGAAUGAAGGCAUGUUGAUGAAUGGAACCAACGGAGUCCAAGUGUGGGAUACCGCUUUCAUAACGCAAGCAAUUGUCGUUGCCGGUUUCGCAGAUGACCCCAAGUGGCGACCAAUGCUCACCAAAGCAUUGGAGUUCCUUGAAGACCAUCAGCUUCGGGAGAACGUCCCCGAUCAAGAAAAGUGUUACCGUCAACACCGAAAAGGCGCGUGGCCGUUCAGUAACAAGACACAAGGCUAUACAGUUAGUGAUUGCACAGCGGAGGGCUUGCGGUCCACAAUCCAACUACAGGAGAUGCACAACUAUCCAAAGCUGAUCUCCGUGGAGCGACUAAAAGACAGUGUCGACUGCUUACUUCUGAUGCAAAAUCCCUCUGGUGGAUUCACUGAGUACGAAACUACCCGUGGCUCCGAGAAGCUGGAGUGGCUCAAUGCCGCGGAAGUGUUUGGCGGAAUCAUGAUCGGUUAUGACUAUCCCGAAUGUACCACCGCUUCUGUCACCGCGCUUUCGCUUUUCAGCAGAUUUUACCCUGACUACCGGGCCGGCGAGAUCAAGGCCGCGAAAGACAAAGCUGUGAAAUAUAUCAAACGCGUGCAGAGACCGGAUGGAAGCUGGUACGGAUCUUGGGGAAUCUGCUUCACCUAUGCUGCCAUGUUUGCCCUAGAAAGCCUCACCAGUGUCGGGGAAACCUACGAGACCAGCGAGUAUGCGCGCCGUGGCUGCGAGUUCCUCCUCUCCAAGCAAAAGGAGGAUGGAGGAUGGGGUGAAUCCUAUCUCAGCAGUGAAAAGCAUGUGUACGUUCAACAUGAAAAGUCCCAAGUGGCGCAAACUGCUUGGGCUUGUCUUGCACUAAUGGAGGCGGAAUAUCCACACAAGGAGCCACUGCAGAAAGCCAUGAAGCUGCUCAUGUCACGGCAGCAACCAAACGGGGAGUGGUUGCAAGAAUCCAUUGAGGGCGUUUUCAACCAAUCUUGCAUGAUUUCGUAUCCCAACUACAAGUUCUACUGGCCCAUUCGAGCUCUGGGUCUUUAUAGCCGCAAGUUCGGCAACGAAGAACUGAUGUGA